CCAAAAAAAGAGCAAAAAGCACCUAAUAAAGAUGGGAAAUAAAAAACAAAAAAGCUCGCUCCCGGUUCGAGAAACCUGAAGAACCCAUAUUCAUAAUAAUCACCCGUAUGGGAACCAUUUCUUGGUGCUGUUGCAAAUCGCUUGAACCUACUAGCCUUGUAGCAGUUGACCAUUACUCGAGGCUUCCUCGGCCAAAUCGCUCGACACCGAUUUCGCUCUCCUUGUUCGAGAACCCACUUGUCAAAACAGUCAAAGCCAGACUAACUUUAUCGCCAUCUUCCAUAUCUUCUUCGCCAAUGGCCAACCCAUUUCAAGUUUCUGCAUCUUCUAUGAUUGGUUCUUCGAGUGAGAAAUUGCAGUCUGCAUCUUCUGGUCUCGUCGGGGAGAAUGAUCUGCUGAUUGUCGGCCCAGGUGUUCUUGGUCGCUUGGUUGCUGAGAAAUGGCGCCAGGAAUAUCCGGGCUGUAAAGUUUAUGGGCAGACAAUGACCACGGACCACCACGAAGAUUUGAUAAAAAUGGGGAUCAAUCCAUCAGUGAAGGGAACUAAACCAAGUCAUCAGUUUCCUUAUGUCAUUUUCUGUGCACCUCCAUCGCGAUCCUCUGACUACCCUGGUGAUAUCAGGGAAGCUGCUUUGAGCUGGAAUGGAGAAGGAUCUUUCUUGUUCACAUCAAGUUCUGCACCUUAUGAUUGCAAUGACAAUGGAGAAUGUGAUGAGGACUCUCCUGCAGUGCCGAUUGGGAGAAGUCCAAGGACUGAUGUGCUUCUAAAUGCAGAAAAAGUAGUGCUGGAGAGCAAUGGCUGUGUACUAAGAUUGGCAGGGCUUUACAAAGCAGAUAGAGGUGCGCAUGUUUACUGGCUAGAGAAGGGGACUGUUGAAGUUCGUCCAGAUCACAUCUUAAAUCUUAUACAUUAUGAGGACGCAGCUUCUCUCUCUAUUGCAAUCUUGAAAAAGAAAUUCCGUGGCCAAAUUUUCUUGGGUUGUGAUAAUCAUCCAUUAUCCCGGCAGGAGGUGAUGGAUUUGGUUGCUAAGAGUGGGAAAUUCAGUAAAAAGUUUGAAGGCUUUACUGGAACCAGUGAUCCUUUAGGCAAGAGACUAAACAACUCUAAAACUCGAGAGGAAGUAGGAUGGGAGCCAAAAUACCCCAGCUUUGCUCACUUUCUUGGAUUAUCCGACCAACUGUAAUGUCUUCCACAGUGAUACAAAGUAUAAAAGAUGGACAAGAACCGACUCAAGUGAAUCAAAGAGAUGGAGCUAUUGAGUUCUUUUGGAUUUGUUCUUCUGUUAACUGAAGUAUUGUAGAGGGGACAUAUUGGAGACAAUUAGCUUAUUUGGAGUGAUUUUGCAUUUGAUUCAAUUAGAUAUAUGUAUCUGUAGAUUCAAUUUGUUUUGAUGACAUCUUGAACAUGCUUGAUAUGAGUUAGAACGCCAUUGCAGUUGGAAAGUGAACAAUUGCUUGGAGACAAUGAACAUAGCACACUUGUUUAGUACUAAAUAAUACUAUAUACUGCUCUGUAAACUGCAUUAACUCUCCCUUGUUUCCCUCGGAAAUCAAGGGCAUGUGAUGUGCAGGCCAAUGCCAUAUUUGACGCAAUGUUCAAUGUUCUUAUAAUCACAAA